AUGUCUCGGUAUCCAGCAACGUCGGAUCAUCUUUCCGAUAUCCUGGAUCUUCAUCCCGAUACAGAGAGACGGUGUGCGGGGUAUGCGCCCUCACAAGGUCGACGCUGUCACAACCCCAUAAAUGCCGCAAACCGAACUUCGGCCGUGCAUCUACUUGAUGAAGGCAGUCGAAGAAUGAAAAGGGGCGAAGACCUCAGCGACCUCCUGAUAGAUCUGGCGUCGCUUGUUCUCUGUCGUCAUGUUCAUCAGAAAGGUCAGCGGAGUCAGGUCCCUGGGCUUGUCAAGAAGUGGCAGGGUCGAAUCCUGGGUGUCACUGAGAAUCUAGAUAACGUGGAAACUAUUUAUGGUGGACGGGAGGUGAAGCAUGUGGACAUUCGCGGAGAGACAAAUGAACUGGAGACAUCGAGGAGAGUGGAAAGAUUCUCAUUGUCUUCAAGACUUCAGCCUAGCUGGCAUGGGAACCUGCUUCUCCAAGUUGAUGUGGAGGCUUCAAGAUCCAGCAAGCUCGAGGUCGAUCGGCGGGCUCGGCCGUCUGGCUCAAAUCAGGGUAAUACUCGUAGGGCAAGGGUGUCAUCGGCCGGAGUGUCUGGCGCUAUCACCACAACCUCUUCACAGCAUGCAGCGUCAAUCACUGAACAGCCUAGGUCAUUCACUGCUCCUGCACCGACCCUUCGUGCUUCUACUCCAUCCUCACCUUCAAGCUCUUCCCCAUCAAGGCCUUCAAGGCCAUCACCUCUGACUCUUUCAACUUCGAAUUCUUCACCUACUACUUCCGCCCCGAUGGUCAAUCCUCGUGCUACUAUCGCUCCAGCUUCUAGCUCUCGCGCUCCAGUGACUACAUCGAUGUCAACUUCUACCUCGACUUCCACGUCCACUUCAACUUCCAUCGCCUCGCCUACAAGCGCCAGAUCAAGUCCAAGUUGUGCCACCACCUCUAUCUCUGCGGCUUCUUCUCGCGUGCCAGUUCGUUCACGCUCGGACACCACCUCCACUACCACUACUGUCACCAUCACAGGCGUUACCUUGAGCAGGACUAUCACACCAUCGAACUCCAGCUCCGCAAGUACUGCUGCCCCCACAACCUCCGCCUCGUCUCCAAGAGAUCCUGUGAACAAUGUUGAGCCAGAGGCCUCAGCUUCAGAUCCUACAAGUGCUGCUGCGCGUCCCAGAGCAGCCUCGAUUACUGCUUCUUCAACCUCAGUUCCUACUGCUUUAGCCUCUACAACGACCGCUAGGAUGACUUCUGAAGCCUCUUCUACGUCUGAUCCUACAUAUGCCCCCACAGCUACUCCUACAGACACAAUCCAAACAGCAAACCCAACCGCAAACGCCACUCCCGAACCAACCACAACCACAUCUCAACCUGAAACCUCAUCUUCUGCCGUCGCCUUACAACCUCCCCACUCUUCCUCCUCAACAUUCUCAUCAACACCAACCGUCUUAUCCCCUCCUCCAUUCGUUCCAAACACCCCUUACACUCCGACCCGCCAACCCAUCACAGGUGACUGCUCCAUCUGCUACGAGCCCCUCCUUCCCGACUCUCCUUUCACGACCCCCCGUCAGGCAGCUCGAGACCUCUCUAUCGUCUACUGCAAGCAGCAGUGUGGCACGAACUUCCACUUCAGCUGCCUGUUCACAUGGAAGAAGUCGGCGUCGCAGAUGAACCGGGAGCCGACUUGUCCUAUGUGUCGCGCCGCCUGGCCCUGA